UAUUGAGUGGUCGACAGUAUCAAGAGAGCUUACUAGUUAAAAUAAGAUAAGUUUAAGAUUACUAGUAUAUUAAGAUUAAGAUAGUUUUUAACUAAAUGACUUUCCUUAUGUUGUUCACAAUGCAAGGUAAUUUCACGUUCUCCACUGUUGUAAUACAUCUCUCGGUCUCAUGGUGACGCUCCUUGGUAAUGUCUGACACAUGGCUGCUAUGGCGUGCCUCACAUCAUCUGUGUCAGUGGAACUGGAGCAUUGGGGUAGAGCCCGACGGCUGUUUAUGCUUGCUGCUGUAUGAGAGAGAGAGAGAGAGAGAGAGAGAGAGAGAGAGAGAUGGAGCAAGCGAGAGAGAUUGAGUGUGUGUGUGUGUGAGAGAAAUUGGGACAGAGAGAGAGGAAUCUGAGCAGACAGCUUCUCUAGAGCAUGAUUAACUCAAAUAGAGAAGCAGGCAACCGUUGGAUUACAGCAGCAUUUUUACUUCGAUAUUUGGAUGUAUAUAUUUAGUAUUUACUGUAGCUAUAGUGUCGACAGUAUAUAUUUUUUCCGAAAGCAGAUUUAAUAAUGCAUUUGCCAUUAAACUUUAAACAGUGGCUGCAUUUUUUAUCGUUGUGGCUCUUUUUUGUUGUUUCGUUUGGAGAAAUCCGUUACAUCCUUCCAGAGGAGAUGCUGCAGGGUUCGGUUAUCGGGAAUGUUGCACGCGAUCUGGAUCUGAAGGUGACGGAGCUUGAAGCUCGUCGAGCCCGCAUUGUUGCAGAAGGAACUAACCAGCUUUGUGAACUGGACACUGCGUCAGGCAAUCUUUUGAUCAGCCAACGGAUUGACCGAGAGGAGCUGUGCGUGCAAGCCAGUGUCUGCAUCCUGCAGUAUCAACUCUUAGUUGAAGAGCCACUUCAAGCAUACAGCAUAGUUUUGGAUAUUGCAGAUAUAAAUGACAACAGCCCAGUGUUCACCACAUCGGAGAUACAAAUAGAUUUAGUCGAAUCCACUGUUUUGGGGAGGCGCUUUCCGUUGGAGGGCGCGCAUGACCCCGAUCUGGGAACCAACUCAGUCCGUGAAUACAAGCUUAGCCCGAGUAAUCAUUUUGCACUGGAAAUGGGUACCCAGAUUAAUGGAAAUACUUAUCCGGAACUAGUUCUUAAAAAGUUCUUGGACCGGGAGGCACAAGUUGAACAUGUGCUGAAAAUCAAUGGAAUUGAUGGAGGAAAUCCAGUCAGAUCAGGAACUGCGGCUAUUCAUAUCCGUGUUUUGGACGCCAAUGACAAUGUCCCAGUUUUUAGCCAACGAGUUUACAAAACAUCUGUACCAGAGAACUCUGCCACAGGGACUAUCAUAGCCACACUGAAUGCCACGGAUUCCGAUGAAAGUUUUUAUGGAGAUAUAACGUACUCUUUCAGUCACCUGUCAGACAAGUUGGGAGGUGUUAUUGAAAUUGACCCUCUGACUGGAGAAGUUCGCCUGGCAGGUGUCAUUGACUACGAAGAGGCUAGUAUGCACGAGCUGGACGUCCAGGCCAAAGAUGGAGGUGGUCAGGCCUCUCACUGUAAACUUUUAAUUGAUGUCAUUGACGUGAAUGACAACAAACCAAUGAUAGAAGUAAAGUCAGCGUCCGCUAACUUGAAGGAAGACUCUAAACCGGGAACCAUGGUUGCUCUGAUUAAUGUAUAUGACCUGGACACUGGAAGCAGUGGGCGUGUCACGUGCACAAUCCCAGACGAUGUGCCAUUUAAAUUAGUUUCAGAGGUCAAAAACUAUUACAUGUUAGUGACUGAAGGAUUACUAGACAGAGAACUUCAAUCUGAGUAUAACAUUACAGUUACUGCCACGGAUGCGGGCUCUCCCUCGUUGUCCAGUGUUAAAGCUAUAACAGUCAUGGUCAAUGAUAUAAAUGAUAAUCCCCCAACUUUUACGCAAAGCGAGUACAAUGCCAACAUCCUGGAAAACCAACCCGUUGGGACGUUUGUCAAGCAAGUGAAAGCCGUGGACAUUGACAACGGAUCUAAUGCUCAAAUACUGUACAAAAUAUCAAAGGUCACAGAGUCGGAGGUGUCCUCCUUCCUCAGCAUCAACUCAGAGACUGGUGAGCUCUUCACAUCCCGCCUCUUCGAUUACGAACAGUCAGCCCACUUUCAGAUUAAGGUGAAGGCUCAAGAUGGAGGCAACCCUCCACUCUCCACCACCUGCACUAUUAACGUUUUUAUCAAAGACCAAAAUGACAAUGCGCCUCUUGUCCUAUAUCCCGUCCAGACCGCCGGGUUCAUUGCUGAGGAUAUGGUGCCAAUGGAAGCGCCUAAAGGUUACCUGGUAACUAAGGUGGUUGCUGUGGACGCAGACUCUGGUCAUAACGCCUGGCUCUCUUACAGAAUAAUCAAAGCAACGCGGCCUAACUUGUUUAUGGUCGGUCUGCAUACAGGGGAAAUUCGCACUGUGCGAACAUUCAUGGAGGACGAUGAACCAAAACACACUAUUGUCCUUUCAAUAAAGGAUAAUGGGCCUGAAUCUCUUUCUACAACCGCUACCAUCAACGUAAUGAUUGGCGACGGGCUGCCCGUUUUAAAUGAACUCUUUGAGUUUGCAGAUGAGUCACAGGGCACCGAUAACCUCACACUCUAUUUGGUUGUUGCACUUGCAACUGUUUCCUCUCUUCUAAUCCUUCUAAUUAGUGGUGUGUUUUAUUUUAAGCUCUGCAGGCAUAGUUAUGUUUACCGGUCAACCACCGAUGGUCUCCCCGUUUUCCCCACAACCUACCUCCCUCCUAGUUUCACAGAUUUAAGCCACUGUGGGACCCUGCUAAAAGAUGAUCGAUUUGAUUCCUUCUUGACCACAGGGUCAUGGAGAGGCGAUUUUCGUUUUGGCUCAAGCACGGACACUGACACACUGAAGCAAAGAAGUGCAGCCUAUCAAAAAAACACGCUAAGGCAGGCAAGUGCAGGUAGAGCUAGUGUGAAGGUGAGGGAAGGUGCACCACAUCCUUGUUACUUGGUCAAAUAAAAGUCAGUAAAGCAAUAUUUUAUGGAUGUUGUUAAUUAAUCCAAGUGCGCAGAAUUACAUUUCAACCCUUUGCCUGCCAAAUAGUAAAAGUGUAUUUGUGCGUAAAUAUGUUCAUCUUGUUGGAAAUGUAUUUUAAUGUUCUUAGAGUUUUGCUUAUAACCUAAACCUCACCUGCCCAUCUGACCGUGAAGAUCUGUGCUAACCUUAACUCAUGCAAGUGUAGACCUUUUGGAUUAAUAUUGAGAAUAGUUGACGAGAUAUUUAAAAAAAUUAGGUUAGUAUUCUAUUUACAUCCAUUUUUUGUAAUGUUUUAAUUUUUUUUAAUCAAAACAUUUUUUCUGCAGAUCCUUUACUUCAUCAGGCCUGUUUGGUUUCCUUGCCUGUUCUUACUGUUGUUUUUGUAUAUGUUAGUAGUCAAUCUCUACAUCUUUCUGUUUUGAAAUGCAUGGUGUAACUUUUUUACUCCUCUAUUUAUGGACACAUGUUCUGAAUUCAUGAAAACAAUACAGUUGGUUAACCAAAGUUAUAGCGCUGACUAUUAUUAUGUUGUCUCUGCUAAAUUCCUCUUUGCUUUCAUUAUUUUGUUGUGUAAAACAGCCUUUACACUUUUCUUUAUUGUCUAUUUUCUGACUGGCGCCAAGUUCAGAAUGCCAUGUUGUGUUUUUACAAAAUUUAAAUAAUUUAUUGUAUGACAGGGUUAAUAAAACCUUUGCGCCAUAAUAUGUAUUGAAUCACAUGUGAACCGAUCACGAGUGUACACUGAUGAAAAAUAAACUUCUAGAGAAGA